AUCAAUAAUGCAAGAAGCAAAACCAAAGCAUUUUUGGGUUUGGCCACUUGUUUCUUUUAACCACUGAAAAAUAGCAGUCAUUAUCAGUUUCCUUCCAUUUUUUUUUCCAAGAAAAGCAAUGCAAUUGCAUAGUAUAUAUAGAGUCAGUCCGCAUGCAAAACAAUGCAGUUAAUUCUAUAAUCUGCUUCUCUCUGCUCAUUUCUUUUUCUUCCUUUGUUUUAGAGUUUAGGUUUCACACCAAGCCAAACUAUUGAAUUGAAUCGAAUUGUCUUUCAUUUCCUUCACAAGUGUGACUGUUAGUAGCCUCCGCAGUUUGAACCAUGUGUAUUUCUGCUUUUCUUUGGCAAGCUCAUCCACUCUAUCCUCUUCUUCUGCUACAAAACAGAGAUGAAUACCACAACAGGCCUACAAAGCCAGUGGCAUGGUGGGAUAAUGGUUUUGAGAUUUUGGGAGGAAGAGAUGAGAUUGCAGGAGGGACAUGGUUGGCAUGUUCAAGACAAGGCAGGGUAGCUUUUCUUACCAAUGUGUUGGAACUUCAUACCCUCCCCGAAGCAAAUAGCCGGGGUGAUCUUCCUGUGCUUUUCUUGGAGAGCACAAAGAGCCCGAUGGAAUUUGCAGAGGAACUGGUGACAGACGCUCAUCAAUACAAUGGAUUUAACCUGAUAUUGGCUGACAUUCCUUCCAAAUCAAUGGUUUAUAUCUCCAAUAGGCCAAAGGGGGAACCCAUUAGCAUUCAACAGGUUUCUCCAGGGCUUCACGUACUUUCAAAUGCGAAGCUCGACUCACCCUGGCAUAAGGCUCAGCGGCUGGGUAAAAGCUUCAAACAAAUGCUCAAUAAGUAUGGUAAAAAUGAAGUAAACGUGAAAGAGAUGGUUGAAAAACUUAUGAAGGACAAAGUUAAAGCUGAUAAAAGCAAGUUACCUGGCAUUUGUGCUGUUGACUGGGAGUUCAAUCUUAGCUCCGUAUUUGUUGAAGUGGACACCCCACUGGGGCUUUAUGGCACAAGGAGUACUGCAGCGUUGACCAUACGUGCUGGUGGGGAAGUUAGUUUUUAUGAGAAGUACCUUGAAAAGGAUGUGUGGUUAGAGAGAACCGUCAAUUAUCAUAUCCAGAAGCUCAAGUAGAUUGAGUCCUUGUCAGAAGAAGAGAUUUACUCAUCCAAUUUUUAUUUUUUUUUGUAUGCCAAGCAUGUUAAGUUUAUGUAAUUAUUAUAAUGUAGUGAGGCAUGCCUGAUAGGGCACAAUCAAUAAAAAAAUGGAUGAAAAUGUGUCUAA